AUGGACUCCUACGUCAUCACCCUCAUCAUAUCAGUCACGCUCCUCGCAGCUGCAGCCUCGUGGCAGCAUAAACAGACAUCGACGAGAUUGCAACUUAUUCCUCAAACCGAGUUACAUCAAUUUGACAUCAUCGACAAUGAGCUUCAUGACUUUGAGCGUGAUACGACUGCUGAUCGAUUCUACUCCUUUCGCAACCAGUUCCUUCUGGUCUACGGCCUCGUCAUGGCAGCUGAUUGGCUUCAGGGCUCAUUCAUAUACAGCGUCUAUAGAAAUACUCUCGGUCUUCCCGAACCAGUCGUAGCUUCCCUAUUCGCAACCGCUUUCUCCUGCGCCGGCAUCAGCGCCAUAUUCAUCGGCUACCUAGUUGACAGAUGGGGGAGAAAUGACCUUCGGCUCCUUUACAUAGGACGGGCUCUGGGUGGUGUCAGCACAACGCUGUUAUACACAGCUUUUGAAACAUGGAUGAUAGCCGAGUAUUACAGGCUAGGCUUCGGACAUUCGGAUCGUGCUCUUAGUGCGACUUAUACCUCUAUGGCUAUCCUCAACGGUUUCAUCGCCAUGGGAAGUGGUGUUGUUGCCCAGGUUGCAGUCAACCUAUUUCGUUCGGAAGUCGCUCCCUUUGUCGUCAGCAUAGUCUGCCUAUCGGUCGCUUAUUUUAUCAUCUCCAAGUCAUGGGUUGAGAAUUACGGAUCAUCCAACAUACAAGCUUGGAGGACUGGCUCGGCGACAGGUAGCAUUAAACAGGCGAUAUCCACUAGUCUUUCGAACUUGAUUGGUAAGGAUUCGCCCCUUUCACUCACCCAGGAUGACCGCUAA